AUGAAGGAUCGCCUUCAAGAGUUGAUGCAAAGGUCAAAAGAACUUGAGGCAUCCCAGGAAACUGUGAAUUCCAGAGAAGAACCCAUAGACCUACAGCAGCAAGCUGUCAUCUUUGAACGGGAGCCUAUCAUCGAGCGCUACUUACAUGACAUUAAAAAACUUCAAAAUGACAUUAAUGCGCUUUCACAGAAUGUGGUAAAAUUUGGACAACAGCAGCAGGUCCUGGUCUCCUCCAUGAGAAGAUUCAGUGUUCUGAAGAAGGAAAGCAAUAUUACAAAGGACAUCAAAGUCCAAGCGGAGAAUAUUAAGAGCCGCCUGGACACUUUAUCACUACAAGUGAAAAAAGCAGAAACAGACUUUGGCCAGUCAUCCAGUGUAACCAGGAUUCUGAAGACCCACCAUGCUGGACUUUUUCGGAGUUUUCAGACGGCAAUGUUUCACUACAAUGACACAAUUGCUAUAAAGCAAUCAAAAUGUAAAACAUUUAUCAUAAGACAACUGGAGGUAGCAGGGAAGGAAAUAAGCGAGGAGGAGGUGAACAAAAUGGUGGAGCAAGGCAAAUGGGAUGUCUUCAAUGAGAACCUGCUCACAGAAGUAAACAUCACUAAAGGACAAUUGAACGAAAUUGAGCAAAGACACAAAGAGCUGGUUAACUUAGAACAUCAAAUAAAGGACUUAAGGGACCUCUUUCUCCAAAUUUAUAUCUUAGUGGAGGAGCAAGGGGAAGCCUUGAACAAUAUUGAGAUGGCCACGCAAAAUACAGAAGACUAUGUCCAAAAGACCAACGAGAAGUUUAAAUUGGCUGUUAGAUACAAAAGGAAAAACCCUUGCAAGAUGUUGUGCUGCUGUUGUCCUUGUUGUUAA